AUGCAAUGCUACUCUGGUGCUUACAUCAAGCUCGAGGGUCCAGCAUCAAGCGAUGCCUCUAUCUCCAAUGCUCAACACAAUCAGAUCGAUGAACCCGAACCCGACACCUGUGCCUUCUCAUACACAGUGACUACGGCAUCUGAGCUGAUGUCCUACUACCUAGAGCUCUCCGCAGAUCGUACUCAUAUCACCACGUUCCAAUACGGGACGUCUAACGAGCUGCCCAUUCAUGAGAACCCUGAUGUUGUUGUACUCGACCCUAGGCCUAAGACAUGUCUCCAAGCAUUUGAAAGACUCUUGAAGAUGGGCGCCCAUAUAGGACAACAUCGAGGAAAGCAUACCUUGACGAUGUGCAGUGCGGGACGUGUAAUCUCCCCUGAAGUAGCGGUAGCGCGAAUAGAACAGAUCCGCGAGGCUCAUUACAAUGCUCAUUACAAGCUAUACGACAUGUCCAGUUAUCAAGGAAUAUGUGCAAUGAUCGAGGACCUUUAUGCUGAGAUCAAUGAAGUUCUCUCAGGAGAGAGAUCAGUCAUCCGCGCAGUGAGACUCAACAUCCGGAAAUAG